AUGUUUCCACUCAGUCCGCUAAAAGCCUGCCUCCUCAGCAGCGCAUUCUUGCUAGCAACAACGACCUUCCCAGGGGCGGUUGUCCACGCCAACGCCGGCAGCCACGAUGAUAACCCCCAGCCAGACCUAGCGCAAGAACCAAUCUCCAACUUCCUCCCUCAACAAGGUCAAGACGAAAUAAUCGGCAUCACCACCGCCGACGACCACUCAAACUGCCGCUGCACCCCGUCCGACACCUGCUGGCCCUCCCCCUCAGACUGGUCCCUCUUUGACCAAACCGUCAAAGGCCGCCUGAUCGCCACCGUCCCGCUCGCCGCCGUCUGCUACCCCGACAAUGACCUCUACGACUCAGCAAAAUGCGCCCAGCUGCGCGAGGACUGGCACCUCACAGCCACUCACUACCGUGACUCAGCGAGCGUGAUGAACCAGUUCUUUGCGCGCGGUCCCGACGGUAGCGGUUGUAAUGCGUUUGUUGACUCGUCUUCUGCUUCCUCCGAGUUUGGGCCGGUUGAGGUCGAUAUCGAGGUGGAGGCGGCGGCACCUUUGUCAGAGAAGGGGAAGAAUAAGAAUCGGGCAAAGGCCAGGUGCAGCUUAGGAGCGAACGUCGUCUACUCCGUCAACGCCUCCUCCCCUACCGACUUCGUACACACCAUGGCUUUUGCUCACCAAAACAACAUCCGGCUGGUAAUCCGCAACACAGGACAUGAUUACCUUGGGAAAUCCACUGGCUUUGGCGCCCUGGCUUUGUGGACGCAUCAUAUGAAGGAUAUUGAGUUUUUGGAUUUCGAUAACACCCAUGACGCUGAACAGCAUGGAAGUGUCGCGUACAAGGGCAAAGCAGCGAGGUUGGGAGCAGGCGUUCAAGUCUCCGAUGCCUUUGCCGCCGCUAAAGCUCAAGGCCUAGUUCUCCAUGGCGGAAACUGCAAAAGCGUCGGUGUGGUGGGCGGGUACACCCAAGGCGGCGGACACUCGGUGUUAUCAUCUGCGUUUGGGUUGGGCGCUGAUCAAGUACUUGAGUGGGAGGUAGUUAUCCCGCCUUCCCCUGGCACUGCACAUCCAGAGCCGAGACUGGUGACAGCUACGCCGUUUAACGAGCACGAGGAUUUGUACUGGGCGCUGUCGGGCGGCGGAGGAGGAACUUUCGGAGCGGUGGUUUCCGUGACGGUUAAGGCGGUGGAGGAUUUUGAGACGGCUGGGGCUACGUUGAUGUUCAGUGCCGCUGGGUUGGAAGAUAGGAAGACGUUUUUGAAGGGCGUGCAGGCUUGGUUGGAGGCAUUGCCGGAGAUUGUGGAUUUGGGCGCUGGGGCGAUUUGGUUCUUGUUGAAGGAUGUAUUGGCUGUGUCGCCGGUUAUGGCGCCAAGGGUGAAGGCGAGGGAGUUGGAGGAGGCGUUUAAGCCGGUUCUGGAGAAACUUGAUGGGUUGGGGAUUCCUUAUGCCUCGUCGUUUACUGACUUCCCGUCGUUUCACGACGCAGUCGCCGCAAUGGUCGCUCAACUAAACGUCACAGACGCCAAUAUGGGAGGACGUCUGAUUCCCCGCUCCUCGGUAACAGAAAAGGAAGGCGCCGAGAAGCUUACCGAUGCGUUGGAUGCUAUCAUCAGUGCGGAUGGUAUCGUGUCUGGUAUCUCGGUCAACAUCGAGAGGGGACAGAAGUUGUCAAAGGCGUAUCCCAACUCUGUCAACCCGCUGUUGGAGUCGGCCAUUCACAUUGGCGUGUUUGGAUUCCCAUACAAUCACCUCGACUUUGCCGCCAACAUCGAAGCCCAGGAAAAGAUCACCAAUGUUUUUGGCGCCGCUCUUGAGAAGCUCACUCCCGGUGGCGGUGCGUAUCUCAACGAAGGCGAUCCGCAUCAGCCAGACUGGCAGACCACCUUUUACGGAGAGAACUAUGAGAGGCUGCUUGUCAUCAAGAACAAAUACGACCCGGAAGGUCUGCUGUACGCCUUGACAGCGGUGGGGAGUGAGCAGUGGGUGGAGAAGGAGGAUGGGAGACUUUGUCGGGCUUAG